CUUAACCUAUCAGCUGGGUGCCGUUAUCACUCGUGAUUAUAAAUAAGGGACUCACGAGCUGGAGAGAUGGCUCAGAGGCUCAGAGAACUGCUUGCUGUUGCAGAGAACCUGGAUUCGAUUCCCAGCUCACAAACGCCAGUAACUCUAGUUCCAGGAGUCUGCAGACACAAGGCACGACGUGGUACGCAGGCAAACACCCAGACACAUUAAAAACAACAACAAACAAAGCCACUGAGGCCCUUGGGGGAUAGAAUGCUGAGUUUCCCCAGAGAGUGAGCAACAGUGUUGGUUGGAAACCAGGAGAAGGAAGUGCUGGUGUUUCCGUACGAGUCAGGGAUGCCUCUCUUUGGGAGCAUAUUCAGCCCAAAGAAGACCCCUCCUCGGAAGUCGGCCUCUCUCUCCAACCUACAUUCUUUAGAUCGGUCAACGCGGGAACUGGAGCUGGGCCUGGACUAUGGAACCCCCACCAUGAACCUGGCAGGGCAGAGCCUGAAGUUUGAAAACGGCCAGUGGGUGGCAGACUCAGUGAUUAGUGGGGGUGUGGACCGGAGGGAAACUCAGCGCCUGCGCAAACGAAACCAGCAGUUGGAAGAAGAAAACAAUCUCCUGCGGCUGAAAGUGGACAUUCUGCUGGACAUGCUUUCAGAAACCACUGCUGAGUCCCACUUAAAGGACAAAGAACUGGAUGAGCUGAAGAUUACCAACCGCAGGAGGAAGUGACGAGCCUGGGGACACUGGCUAGGAGACUAGAGAGAGCCCACUGACCAGGGGAGGAGGAUGUGGCGGAGCCCUUUGAUUUUUAGUCGGAAUAGUAGACUUGCCCUAGGAGAGCGUUUAUAGGCCCUGGCUCCCUUGGACAGGGGAUAGGGAGGAGACAUGGGAUGGAAGAACCCAAGGUGCCAGGCCAGGGCCAUAGCUAAGGAGGUACCCUGGAUACACCUAGGAUGUCAAUCUAAAGCAUACCCCAGGACAGUCUAGAAAUAAUGAGCCUUUGGUGCUGUCAGCAGGUGACAGCAUAUAACUAUCCAUGUCUCAGAGUCACCGUGUUCAGACAGCUGGUAACUCACCUCUUGACACUGGUGUCUGGGGUUUGGCACUCCUUCCAGAGAGCACUUCAUAUGAGGGCGCACAGCAAGUGGCUUUGGGUUGUCUGCACCCUGGCCCCUGAACCCCCAGCUAUAAUCUCUCUGCCUUUUAAAGAGCCCUCAUCCCCAAGUCCACACCCUCUUCUGGCAUCAGCUCCGGCCUUCCACAGCACAUUGUAAUUUAUUUUUAUUAAAUGGUGUUUAAUAAUCUCUUGUGUAGCAAAAAUAGAUCAGCAACAACAACAACAAAGUGUAGUUUCCUCAGGAAGUAACCAGAGCCUGGGUUCUAAGUUUGUGUUGCUCCACCAAAAGACAGGAUUUUUAGGAUUGAAAAAAAAAACAGCACCUUGAAGGGGGGACCACCCUGGAAGAGAAAUAAUGACUUCGUGUUCAAAUUCCUCUGCUUUCCUGUGUCCUCGAGGUGUCACCAGUGCCCACUAGCUGGUCCAGACCUAUCAAGAAGUGAAAGGCAUGGAAUCAUUGCCCAGGUUGAUGUAAACUAGCCUCCUCUAGGCAGAGAGGAAUCCAGUCCUCAGAGUCCAGCAGGGAACUCGGGUUGAGGCAUGGAGCCAGAGCAUUAACUUGGGGACCACUACUGUGGUUACCUCCUUCUGAUUUGGUAUUGAGCCUGGCAGUAGGCUCAGUCCCCUGCAUGUAUCCCCUCAGCCCACUGCUCCAUGUGGAGGUCAGAGAACACAUUUCAUAUUUCCAAAGCUUAGCCCUGUAACCAUGGUGACAUCACUCUGUUCAGAGACCAGUUUGGAAACUGCUGUAGGUGACAAGUGCAAAUGUUGAAGGCCUGAGUCCCAGCCCACAGUGACAGAGGUGCCUACACUGAGACUGUAGCUUAUAGUCUAUGCAGGGGUGUGGUCAAGAGAGCAUAAUGGAGAACCGCAGCUCACACCCUUUCAAGUGCCAGACCUGGAAAUCUCCGUUUCUCCCCUUUAACUCUAUUAUGUUUUAUGCUUUUGUGAAGCAGAUUUCGUGUGACCUACUGCUCGAUGAGGAGGUCAAGGGACAGAUUUCAGGAGUCAGUUUUCUUUGUCCCAUGUGGGUCAUGAGGAUCAAACUGAUCAAACUUGAUCAGGUUGUCAAGCUUAGUGACUUGUGUUCCUGUCCCAUGAGUGAUCUUGAUAGCCCAAGAGAAUGCUUAAUACUGAAGAAACAAGAAAAGGGUCCAGACACAUCUCAUAGGUACAGACUAUGGAAUAAUGGGGUUUGCUUGUGUCCUGACCGCUAACUGUUUCUGGCAACCAUUUAUUGAGAACUGCUGAUGCUGGGUAUCUUUUUUGUUUGUUUUUUUUUUUCAAGACAGAGUUUCUCUUGUGUAGCCUCAGCUGUCCUGGAUGGAACUAACUCUGCUGACCCAGGCUGGCCAAGAACUCUCAGAGAUGUGCCUGACUCUGCCUCCCAAGUGCUGGGAAUAAAGGCGUGCACCUAUGUUUAAUUCUCAUGA